AUGCUGGGUCGGCUCCGAGACGCCGUAGCAGACGUCCGCGACGCGAGCUCCAACGCUACAAGAUGGCUCGGCAUAGAUGAGCUCGCACAGGCUGCUGCCUAUGCGGGGAGCGGCACCGAGGUCUGGCGCGUCGUCGGCGCGCGGAAAGCCGUGGCGGAGGAGCCCGAGCUCGAGUGCAGCGCCGCGGCCGUGGAAUGCUCGAUAAGCGGGGCCGUGCGCGGCCACGCCGCGCUGCAGGCGCUCGAGCAGUUCGCCGCGGCGCGCCAGGCAUCGCAUGCCAGAGGCGAGUGGUCCUCCGCGGCUGCGCCACUCGCGGACGCCGCGACGGCGCGGCCCCGGCGCUGGCCGCUGACGCCCGACGAGGACCAGCGCUUGGACGAGCCGGCCGCAGACGGCGUCGAUAGCGCUCUCAGUGCGUUGGCGGCGUUGGCGGCCGACGGCGCGAGACACGACGACGAGACAGCGCGCGCCUACGAGUCCCUGCGGCGUGCACUGGGCGCGGACGCGGCCGAAGCGAACGCCAGUCUACGAGAGGCGCACGCAUUACUAACCAAUGCACGUGGUGCUGCGCGAACCGCCGAGUCUCAGCUGGCGAGUCGCCGUGCGGCCCUCGUGCGCGCCGACGAGGCCGCGCGCAAAGCAUCGGAGGACGCGGAGGACGCGCGAGGCGCCACGGAGGCGGCCGAGGCGAACGCGCGCGCGGAGGUAACCCAGGAGGUUGCGCGAGCGGCUGCGCUGGCGCGGGAUCGCGCUCGGACGCACGAACGCCGAUGUGGAGAGAAAGCGCGAGAAAGCGCGAGGCUGUCGGGCCAUGCGCGGGGCGAAGUAGCCGCGGCGGCGGAUGGCGCGAUCCAGGCCUUGGACCAAAGUGAGCGGGCCGAGGCCGUGGCGUCCGUAGCUCUGCGCGAGCUGCGAAGUUCCCUCGCGGCGCCGCGCGUCCUUGGGGCAUUGCGAGCGAUCUCCGCAGCAGAGCGUGCCGCCUCGGACGCGCGACGGCUCAAGCUGGACGCGUUGGAUGCCGCGCUGGACGCCGCGGAGGCACGCGCCGCGCCGCCGCGCCGCCCGCCGCCCACGCGCGUGGCCAAGGCAUUAGGACUGCUACGCGACGCGACGCGGCGGCGCGAGGCCGGCGAUAUCCACACCGGCGCCGGGCCCGCCCUCGAGUCAGACGUCGACGCGGCGCUGCGGUCGCUCUUUUCUGACGCUGACGCCGGCGCGGCGUCGCCGCCGCCCGUCGAAGUCGCCGCGACGGCCGAGGCUAAGCGCCGCUCGUCGACAGCUGCCGUCGACGACGAGGCUCCGGUCGAGCCGCGCGUCAGCCUCGUCGAGCAGGCCUCCCAAUCGCUGGACGAUGCCGUUGAAACGGUCGGCGGUGCGCUCGAGGGCUUGCUGGGCGACGCGCCGCCCGCGCCGCCUUUGUCUGAGCCGGACGCCGUCGCCGAUCGCGUCGUCGCCUACGUGAGCCAGGGCGACCGCUUCGCAUUUUCCACGGAGCGAGCGGCACCAGCGGCGGGAGCAAGAGCGGCCGCGGUCAUCCGGGCGCUCAACAGACAACGGAGUCGGCAGACGGCCCUACCGGACGCGCUGCGGCUCCGAGCUUUAGCAAGGGUAUGCCUCGCGUGCCUGGACGCCUGCGCGCGGGCGAACGACGUGCGGGCCCCCGCGGUGCUUGCGAUGUUGGCACAGACGUUUUACGUGGACCACGGCGAGGGCGCGCGCGAUGAGCGGCUAUACCUCGGCGACCUGCUGGCCCAGCACGAGACCUGGGCCUCGCAACAGUUCUGGGAGCGGUCGACGGCCUCGGCGGUUCUGGACGCCGUCGACGCGUCGCGGUUGGAGGGGGACCGCCACGGCGACCUCCUGUUCUCGCCUGACGCGCGCGACGCGGCGCGGCGCGUGCAUCUGUGCGUGCACGCGCAGCUCGCGGCGUUCUGCGUGUCGAUGAAGGCCUUCGGCGCGCCACUUGCCGAGAUCCGGCGGCACGCCGUCCGGACCUGCUCCAUUUAUCAACUUCCUGCCGAAGAUUUAAGGGUCCUGCUCCGCGAGUACGACGAGCCCGCCGGAGAAGAGGUCAUAGUCUAAUAAUAA